AUGGCUCCUCCCAAUAUAUCUUCGGGCCGCGCGCUGCCUUCCAGCUCGAGCUCUCCGCCGCCGCUUCCUUCGAAGCAGCGAGGGGCAGCCACACCGGCUCGCACGCAGUCCAGCGCAGAAGCCGCAUCCCCGUCUCCCUCUCGCCUCGCCAGAAAGCCGUCCGCCUCGUCGCCUCACCACGCCGCCGCGAGCCAGCAGCCGCUCUAUUCCAGCCGCAAACCGUCGCACCCUCCCGUAUGCCCCUCCUCGUCCCGCCUCGCGCUCGCCAACCCAACGUUGGACGCAUCGCAGGAUCACCACCGCAGCGACUCGGGCAGAUCCAGCGGAUCGUCGCGAUCCACCGCCACGACCGACAGCUUCUUUCUGCCUCAGCAUCCUCAUGUACUCAAUCGCCGCUUCAAAGAGCUCCCGAUCCCCCCGACCAUAACCCCUUCCCUCGACACGUCGCGACCGGCGAAGCAGCACGAGACAAAUGCCCUGCCACAUGGGCUCAACAUCGCCUUGCCCAACUCCUCGGCCGCUUCGGCUGCACUACCGCCCUCCUCGACACUCUACCGCAGCAAGAGCUCUACGAGCACAACUCCAACCAGCCCAGAAGAAGCUGAAGGCUCCCCUUACGAGCAACAGCUGGAGUCGGAUGAGCUGACACCGCUUCGACCCAAGGCUGUUCGAGCCAACAGCAAGGAAGCAGCACCCGCUGACGGCCUCGACGACUUCUGGAAGUCAGAUUACUCCUACGCUCGACCCUCGCCAAACGGAGCCGAAUCCUCGCUUCCGCCUUUGAUGCGCGCCAACGCACCCAUCCCACCUUCACGCUCCCAAUCGCUCGAUCCGCUCGCAGUGCCAUUAGACCAGGCGUCUGACGAACUUCAUCUACCUGCUCGCAAUGACUUCACCGAGUCAGAUGGCGUCGAUCGACUCAGCGGACCAGGCAGCAAGCUUGUUGCCGCCAAUCUCCGAAAGCUCGAAGGCGAGGUUCUGCAUCCCGUCUCCUCCCCACCGGCACCGAGCCUGUCUACAUCGAACGACGCCGCCAAAGUCGCAACAAGACCGAGUCUGUCGCCCUACCAGCAACCGACUGCAUCCACCAGCUCUUCUUCCAGCUCAGCAGUGGGUCAUAGGUCGACCGCCAACAAGUCCACUUCCAGCCUGUCGACAUCGUCGGCGCACGGCGGCGACAAGACCUCACUUGCUACGGCUUCCAAGCGCUCCUCGACGUCCUCCAGCAGCUCGUUCCGCAUGACCUUGUCCAGACAGGCCAAGAGCCUGCGCAACUCUUUUUUGUGGAGCCCUACGCAGGCAGACCAGCCACAGCCUGUCGGUUCGGAGCGCAUGUCUCUCGGCCAGUCCACCCGCACGCUGGGCGAUUCAAUAGCGCCGGGCUCACAAGGGAUAUACUCGGGCGUGCUCGAUGCUGCCUCUAGCUCCACUCACACCGGAUCGCAUUCAAGCCGACCCUCUUCGCGGCUAGACCGUCGAUCCACCGUGGCAUCCAGGGCCACCGAUGGCCGUUCAAGCGAGGCGCCAAAACGCGGUUCCGCCAGCUCUUCCACGUCGCAUGGAUCCCCUGUCGCACCCUCGCUGGCCAAGCAGUCGAGCAUCCCCCGGCUUCAGAGCGCGGCUGCGGCCAAGGCCUCUACUCGUCCAGCCAACCCCGUGUCCGACGCGAAACGUCCAACAGAUUACAGCAAGAUCGAGGAGCGUCCCAAGUCCCGGCUCUCAUCUCGCCUCUUGCUUCAAGGCUCCUCGCUCUCGCUCAAAAUCCCGCAUCUGAAAAACAGGAAGCCCCUGGAGACGUCCAGGAGCAAGAUAGUAGCAGACUCUGCGCAAAGCAGACCGGAACAGAAUCCCACCUUCCGAGAUCAGAAGGUGGCCAGUGAAGCGAACAAGGCCAGAGAAGCCGCUCGCAGCUCAGCGGUGCCGAAGCCCAUAGAUCUGCCUGCGAGCCAACUUCUCUCCAGCAGGCCCAUCAGCGGCGAUCCACAACUCUCGCCAUCGUUCGCAGAGACAUUUGCGUUCCUCAACAGUCACAUCGAUACUGUGGAUCAGCGUUUCACGCCCGGCACAACAGUUGUGGAGCUGCCGAUGGAUCUUGCAGCGGCAGACGUUGCGACCUCCUCAGUGUCGAAGGCCGCACACGCAACCUUGUCGUCAACUGCCGAGACCCCCAAGGAAGUUGCUGCAAAAGGCCAGGCGGUCGUUCUCGACGAUGCCACCGUAGUUCUAACCCAGCAUCAGCAGACCGAGUCGGAACGCGAAGGACCGGAGGGCAAAGCACUCAAAGUUGCGAUGUUUGAUCGACUUGCAGACUCACCCGAGGCUGUGUACAAGACGCUCGUCUUUCCCGAAGUGCGGCCGUUGCCCCCUUCACAGUCGCUCGACAGUAUUGCGCCGCCCAAAGGCCGACCAGGCAUGCAAAAGGCUGGACACAAGAAGCAGAUGUCUCUUGGCUCUGUGACGUUGAUCUCCAAGUCGGCGCAGAAAGCAGCGUCGGACCUCGACAAGCGCGCUAGCGGUGCUCCGGUCGUGCUUUCCGGUCUUGCCUUGACGCAUGGCCAGGCCAGCACGCACAGCCUAUCGAGUGUUUUACCGGCGUUCACGCCCGUCGACGAAGAGAGUCGCUUCUUCGACGCUUUGACCUCCCCGCUGAGAGAGCAGCCACCGACCGCCGGCUCGAGCCCUUCUCUCGACAACUCUGCUUUGCCAUCGUUUGCAACUGCAAGCGAGUUCUUCCCACGAACCAAAGCGGGUGAUUCCAGCACGUCGCCUGGUAGCAGGUCGAUGAGCAUGGCCAACAUCGUGGCCAUGACGACCUCCACGACCGAUCCCAGAAGAUCAUCGCUGGGCCGACGUCUUUCAGGUGUCUUUGAUUCUCCGCGCACUCGAAUUGCACAGCCUGACGCGACCGUUUCGCCGCCGCAAGGCUCUCGUCCUGCCUCGCCUUCGCAUGCUCUCGCAGCCCGGCCGGAAACAAGUCUUGGCUUCCAUCUGCGAAACCCGCUCCGCAGAGAUCGCAAGUCCUCGCUGAAGAACACCAAGCCAGAGCCGACCGCAGGCGCCCUUGACGCAGUUGAAAAGGUCAAAGCGACAACUGCGCCAAGAACAAUGUCACCUGCAGCUGCUCUACGCAAGAUGUCAUCCGGCUUCAAGACCGAACGGAUCACGCCCAGCAAGGCUGCUUCCGAACGACCCGGAACCUCGCUCGGCUUUUCGACGUCCAGCCUGGGUCGCGGAAAGACUCCACGCACGUUCAGCAGCAGUGUCUUGGCUCCGACCAAGAGCUCGCUGGCCAGGAGCGUGCAGCCACUGACCCAGUCCAACGGUCGAAGCACUGUGCGUUCCGUCUCCGCCUCGACGCUGACAACGCCCGAAUCGCAGCGUCCUUCGCGCUCUCCGCAGCGACCCGCGAACCCUCCGUCGUCUUUCCGCGGAGGACCUUCGGCUGGCUCUCGGGCCUCUCCGAUGGCCACUGGUUCCCCGAGCAAGCCCAGCGUGAACAGAUCGGUGCCGACAGCAAGCAAGCCGAGGUCGGCCGAGGCAGCCAAGCCCGGCCUGUCUCGACUCAUGAUCUCGGACUCGGGCAAGCCGACAGGCGAGGAUGCUCAGAAUUUGUCCCCCGAACCCAUGUCGCCUAUAGAGUCGAAUCCCGCUUUGGUAGACUCGAAUGCCGGCCGGAUGGACAUGAACCGGCGACGCACGCUCAGCAGGCCGGUCCUCUCUCCCAUCCGCACUUCGAUGGUGGAAGAUCGCCCGCUUGCUCGGCCGUCCACCGCGCUGGGAUUCCGCGGAGGCAUGAGUGAGCGCAAGAAGAGCCAGCCGACGCUCGAUAUGGUCGAUGAUCGCGAGUUCCUGGAAGCGCUCGAGUCAGUGCGACAAAUCCACCGCGAGCGCAUCCAAGCACACGCGCAGGAUCUCGAGAACAAGACACGGCUCGCGCGACUCGGCAUGAUGUCUGGCAAUUAUCUCAAGACCAAGAUCUCGGGAUCGAUGAUCGACGACGAUGAGCCCGAGGAUCAAACAAGUGCACUCUUGGGCGGGAAGAGCAAUUCAGUCAGCGGCCACGCUGAUCGAAGGCGCUCGAACAAGGUCGGUGCCUCUACUAAGGCUUCAACGACCGUGCGACUGCGCCACAAGCGAUCUGCUAGUGCCGGUGCCAAGCUUGGUCGCCCGCGGUCUGCAUCGUCGGUCUCUCGCAAGUCUGAUCGAGAUGUUGACCAGCGUCAGAAGGACAUUGUCAAGUCGUAUGCCGAGAAGGUAUCGCCCGUUGGUGGACCGACGACCGGCUUGGAGUGGGGCGUGGGCAAGGCGAGCGGUAACCUGCACGACGGUGCCUUUGUCAACGACGAUGACUGGAAGAAGGAGGUCAAGGCGCUCUUCCUCAUCCGGGAGCUCGUGCAGACGGAGAGGUCGUACGCAAGGCAUCUUAGCAGUCUGCUGAGCGUGGUACGCAACAUUCAAGCCGUUCCGGUAGGCAGCAGCAGUUCACUCGGCGCCAAGCGCAAGUCGGCGAGCAACCUGUUUGCCGCCUACUCGUCUGCCUACGCCGCCAAGACUUCUGCGAGCGGGUCGCCGCCGGGCCACAUAGCUCUGCUGCGGCUGCAUCUGCCGCAGCUGAUCGCGCUCAGCAAUGCGCUGGUGCAUCGGGUCGAGUCGAACCCCACGAGCGCGGGUGUCGGCGCAGCAUUUGAUGCGCUGGCAGUGCAGUUAGAAGCCACCUUUGUCGGCUGGUCGGGAGUGGCGCCGCAGGCCUUGAAGGAAUUGCGCUCGACUGAGCUGGCCAAGGGCAAAUCACCGUACAAGAUCGGCUUGGUCCCGCUGACGCCUCGGGACUCAAGCGAGGUGGGUGCGACCACCAGCGACGGCUCGUGUGCGAACGGGAGCUCCUCGCCCGGGCUCGGUCUGCACCGCCAGACGCUGCGGAUGACUUCGCUGACACGGCCACCCUCCCCAGUCGGCGCUCCCAAAGAGCAGGAGCGCGAAUUGAACGACUCAACGAUGCCCGCCAAACGAUCAACAAAGAGGCGGAGCACCAUCACAAGCACCAGCUUCGUGCCUCCUCGCGUCGUCGUAGCCUCGCCUUCCACGCAUGGCUUGGGUCUGACGCAGGCGCAAGACGGCGCGGACUCGACUAGCGCGUUUGAGCAGAGCAGUGCGGGACUGUCGCCGGGCGCGGAAGGCUCGCGUACAAGUGUGACGCCUUCGCGCCGAUUCGGCCAUUACCGCAGCCAGUCGACACUGGUGACGCCGCUGCCUACUCCGACGUCGAGUGGCGUCUCGGAUAUGUGGCCGGGGCUGACCAUGACACCGUCGGCUGGAGCAGGCCCAGGCAUGGCUGGGCAGAGUCAGCUCGGACUCACAAACGGGGCGACGGCCAAGUGCCUGACCCCGAUGGACAUUACGAUCAUGCCGACGCAGCGCAUCCCGAGGUACGGAUUGAUGCUGCGCGAUCUGCUGCGCAACACACCGCCCGAGUCGCUGUCGCAUGCGCGCGUGCAGCGAGCGAUCGCGCUCAUCCAGAAGGUGGCUGUGCUAUGCAACGCGGCCGCACCCGCGCCGGCCGUGAGCAGGACAGGUGGCUCGGGAACGGCUUCGCCGUCACGGGCGAACAGCGUGCUGGGCAUGGCGAGCAGAGAGUCGGUCAGCAUGGGAGGCUCGCCACUCUUGCCUGCAGCGAGCUUCUCGAUGACCAAGAGGUCGUAA